AAAUGCCGCAAGUCUUAUAACGCUUGUUCAUCGCACAGUGCCAAAAAGCGUGCCAGCAUUACUGGAUAUAUAAAUAGUUUACUUUUUUUUGGUUGCUCCAUCUGACCUGGUAACGUGCGUUGGGACAAGCUUUGACACAUUUCGAAAAAGAAACAACUGCGACCAGCGAGGAUGUUUAAAAAAUUUGACGAGAAGGAAAACGUGUCGAACUGCAUCCAGCUGAAAACGUCUGUCAUCAAAGGCAUCAAAAAUCAGCUGUUGGAGCAGUUUCCCGACAUCGAGCCAUGGCUCAACCAAAUAAUGCCCAAAAAGGACCCUGUCAAAAUAGUGAGAUGCCAUGAACACAUUGAAAUCCUGACUGUGAAUGGAGAACUCCUUUUCUUCAGACAGAGAGAGGGACCGUUCUACCCAACCCUCAGACUGCUACAUAAAUAUCCUUUCAUCCUCCCUCACCAGCAAGUAGACAAAGGUGCCAUUAAAUUUGUUUUGAGUGGAGCAAACAUCAUGUGUCCUGGGCUGACUUCACCAGGUGCUAAACUCUACCCUGCUGGUCCUGACACAGUGGUCGCCAUCAUGGCAGAGGGAAAGCAGCAUGCACUCUGUGUUGGUGUAAUGAAGAUGUCAGCAGAAAACAUAGAAAAAGUCAACAAGGGGAUCGGGAUCGAGAACGUCCACUAUCUGAACGACGGAUUGUGGCACAUGAAGACGUAUAAAUGAUCACAUUUACAACGCCCAUCCCCAAACCAUCCAAGAUAACGUGUGGAGCUCUUUGUGCUGAGGCAUGAAGUGCCCGUCAACGGUUGACACCUAUAGACAAAGCUGUGUAACCUGCUGGAGGCAGGUAACCCACACCAUGCACAAAUAAAUAAAAAUCUUGCUUUAAACCAGAA